AUAUUACAAACAUAUUAUCACAUAUCUCCAAAUCUUUAUUGCUCACUCUGUGACUCAGGUGCUGGACACAGGAAGAAUUAGAUUUUCUUUAAAGGAUUCCUUCCUUAAACUUUGAGCUCUGCCCAAAUGUCUUGAUUGUGAACUGAGUCACUGACGCUUAUUGAUGACUGAUAUUGGUAAUAUUCUUACAGCACACUGUAAUAUAGCAUUUCUUCUCCUUACAGCCGUAGCUGCAGUAUCACAGGCCCAGACUGACUGCUCGCGGGGGGCUUGUUACCCACCCAGCAAUGACCUGCUUGUGGGCAGGGUUCAGCAGCUCCAGGCCUCCUCCACCUGCGGCCUCACAGGCUCCGAGGUCUUCUGCACCCCAUACCAACUGAGGAAGAUGAAGUGCUGUCCAUGUGACUCCAGGAACCCAAAUGGUCAGCUGGCCCACACUAUCCAAGAGGUCCUGUCGACUUCUAGACCUGAUCGAUGGUGGCAGUCCAGGAAAGACGUGAGUCCAGUCACUCUCCAGCUGAACCUGGAAAACCUGUUCCAGCUUGACAACCUGAUUCUCCGCUUUAAGGGUCCUCGUCCCAGUGCUUUUGUGAUAGAGAAGACACUGGACAACGGCAGGACAUGGCAGCCCGCCCUCUACUUGGCUACAGACUGUCAAAAAGCUUUUCCUGGCGUCUCCACCUCCACACCUCUCACUCUUGAUGAGACAUACUGCUACACACUGCCCCCUACUGGAUCCAACCCGUACCAAGAUCACAACAUCGAGUUCAGUCCUUUGCGUCAGUAUGCCUACGUCCCAGCUCCCAACAGUCAAAAAAUUGAAGAUGCGUCUGGGUUAACGGGGCUGAGGGUGAGGCUGACUGAGCUGGGCGAUGUGCCGCGUCUUCCGGGCAGAGCUCUCAGUAGGUUUUAUGCCCUGAAGGAGAUGAGGGUGAUGGGCAGCUGCAUGUGCCACGGACACGCCAACCGAUGCCUGCCGGAAACCUACAACAACCCACUGUCAAACAAAGUGAACCCUCAGUGUGACUGCCAGCAUAACACAGCAGGUGUGAACUGUGAGCGCUGUGCUGAUCUCUACAACGAUCUGCCCUGGAGACCUGCAGAGGAGGGCAACACUCAUACCUGCCAACGCUGUGAAUGCAACAACCAUGCACAGAGCUGUCGUUUUGACCCGGCGGUGUACGAGGCCAGCGGGCGGAGGAGCGGAGGUGUGUGUGAGGGUUGUCUGCACCACACCACGGGGCCAAAGUGUGACCAGUGUGCCCCAGGCUACCAACCAAACCCCCGCAGCCGAAUGGACCGUCCUGAUGCCUGCAUACGCUGUGUCUGCAGCGCCGAGGGCACAGUGAACGGGGGCCGGUGUGACGACAGCACAGGCUCCUGUCAGUGUAAAGUGAAUGUCGAAGGCCCCCGCUGUGACCGAUGUAAGAGGGGAUACUACGGCCUGAGUGACUCCAACCCCCUGGGCUGCACCAAGUGUUCUUGUUCUCCAGACGGGUCGCUGUCAAAUGUCUGUGACCCAGUCACCGGCCAGUGUCCCUGUCGCCCCCACUUCCACGGCCUGACCUGUGAAGUGUGUUCAAAAGGCUACUGGGAACCAUUCCAGUCAGGACGCUGCGAGUCCUGCGGCUGUGACCCCAGCAGGUCUUACAGUGAUACCUGUGACCAGGUGACAGGUCAGUGUCAGUGCAGACCAGGUUUUGGAGGCCGAACAUGUACCGAGUGCCCAGAGAACUCCUACGGAGACCCUCUUGUAGGCUGUCGACCUUGUCAGUGUGAUACUGAAGGAACCUUUCCAGAGGUUUGUGACAAGCAGACAGGAGCCUGUUUGUGUCGGCCGGGCAUCACGGGCACUCGCUGUGACUCCUGCGGCCGAGGCCACUGCGACUCCUUCCCUGCCUGCGAUAUGUGUCCUUCCUGCUUUUUUACCCUGGACGCACAGAGACAGAACCUCAGCAUGGCUCUGGAGAGGCUCUACCCCCGCUUCCCUUCUCGUCCUGGAGGUGCUGGUGAUCUUGGAAAAUUCCGGCUUCAAAUUGUGGCCCUGGAGGCCAGCCUAAACCAAAUCCAGGACUCCAUCUCACUUCCACCAAGUAUUACCAGACAGGUUGAUAAUGUUCUGUCCCAGCUCGACAACCUAAGGGACCAGGUGGACAAGGUUAAUGACAACCUUUCACCCUUGGAAAGAACUCCUGGUCUGGACUCAGAGCUGGACAAACUGAAGGCUCUGCUGAACGGUCUUACUGUGUUGUACAAAGCCAAGAAAGAUGCCAUGGACAACUCCAUCAGUCCCAACAAUGCAGGAGCGUUUUCCACUAUCAAGAACGCCUACAAGGAGUCGACGGACGCGGCCAACAAAGUAGAUGCCAGCAGAGACACGGUGCAGGAGUCAGCUGACACCAGAAAAGAGGCUAUGGAUCUUCAGAAUCAAGUACAGCCAGCCAACACCAGAGAUCUGGACAAAUUGAACCAGAACAUGGCUUCCCGACCUGACCUCACUCCUGUUGCCAAACAGGUGUGUGGCAGUGUUCGCUCAGAGCCCUGCACCCCUCUCCACUGUGAGGGUGGAGAGUUGUGUCCACUGGAAGGAACCCCAACUUGUGAAAAGGAGGGCAAGUGUGUGGGCGCCCUGCCUCUGAGCAAGAGGGCGGACGCUGAUUCUAAGGACGUGAAGGAUGGACUGGACAAGCUCGCUGGGAAGAUCACAGAGGCUGCGGAGAAGCUCCAGGAAACACAGGAGACAACCAAUCAGGUGAGACAGACUGCAGAGAAGCUGUCCAAUAAAAUAACGCAGACCAGAGAUGAGCUGGAGGCAGACCUAAAAGAGACACGUGAUGUUGUGAAAGAGCUCAAAGACUUCCUGUCAGACCCAACUUCAAACUCGACCCACAUCCAGGAGGUGAGUGACUGGAUCCUGAACGCCAAGCUGCCUGUCAGCCUUCCCGCUCUGAAGGAAAAGCUGAAGGAGCUGAAGGAUCUAGCAGCCAACCUACCAGACAGCACAGCCGUGCUGAAGGAGGCCGAGCCGCAGCUGGAUAAGGCCAGGAAACUGCUGGAGGAGGCCCAGAUCGCCAGGGAUACAGCACUGGGAGUAAAGGCUGACGUGGACGGGCUGCUGGCAGGCUUUGACUCGGUGGAGGACUCCCUCACUGAGAUGGAGGGCAAACUGCGGAACAGCACAGAGCUCCUAGACAACCUGACAGACAGCCUGACUGCGGCCAAGGACCAGCUGACCCCAGCAGAGAAGGCUCUGAACGAUGUAUCAGCACUGAAACAGCCAAUAAAAGACCAACUGGAGCAGCUCAAACGCCUGCUGCAGAGCGGAGACCAGCAGGCACAAGAUGCUGAGGAAAAUGCAGACAAGGCUGAGACUGAAGCAGCUGCUGCAGAUGAGGACCUAAUGUCUUUGGAGGAGCAGCUGGAUCGUCUUAAGGAUCUGGCUGCGGCCAGCGGGCCUGGUGGAGGGUCGGGGCAGGUGGCCGAUCGAUUGGCCAAGCUGCAGCAGGGUGCCAGAGCUCUGGCCAACACCACUGAGAACAUGAUGAAUGCUCUGGAAGGUAAGGCAGAUUCCCUGAGGCAGCUUCAGGAUGAGAUCCUCCAGAAGUCAACGAAGCUCGAAGGACUCGACGCCCGGCUUAAAGAGAUUUUGUCAGAACUUCGAAGGAAAGCCUAUGUCCACGCCACCUGCCAGGGCUGAAAGUUACCGAGCUGCCCUGAAAGCAGCAUCUGCAGCUGCUGUCACUACACCAGGCUUCAUACCAGUUCCACGCUGUUCACACCUUCCUAAUUCUGGACCACUGCUAUAACACUUCUCUAAAACACUUUCACCUCAUCUCUGGCAGUUGUCAAAGAAUUGUGGGAAAUGCAGGAAAACACUGAAUGGGGCUAAAGUGAAUAGGAGGGUUCAGGGAGAUGUAAACAACUAAUUUUCUACAAAAUAACUCCUUUAAUACAGUGAGCAUUAAAGAUCAAUGUAAGGUGUAAGUGUGUGUGUGUGCGCGUGUGUGUAUGCGUGUGUCUUAAUGUGUAAAUACCUUCUGAAAGACAAAAUAUAUUUGGUCAAAAUAUUGUGAUGUUUGAGUUUGUAGAUAUCAUUUGAACCACCUUAUUAAUACAUUUUAUUAAAACAAAAAAAAAAAAAAGCCACAGCUGCUGACUUUUUGGCAGCUCUUGCACUGCCAAAGCAACACAAACUAUUUAUUUGUCAUCAGUAAUACACUUCACUGUGAACAUUGCACCACAGUUGUAUUUUUCAUAACUUUUUUUCUGCAUUGUAUCUGUUGUUUGAGCACAGUAUUUCAAUAAUAAAAGUGUUUUAAUACUUUGAUUUGUGUCUUAAAGCUUC